AACUGUUAUAAAAAACAAAAUACUCCCAAAUUAUACUCAAUGAUAUCCCGUUUUUACAGUUUGAAAAUUUGGAAAUCCGCUUUCGAUUCAAUCGAUACAGACCAUUCUGGUUAUCUUAAUACACAAGAAGUGCGUCAACUGCUUUAUCAAUUGAACUAUCGCCGAUGCACCGAGGCACAAAUCAAACAAUGGAUGGACAGUGUAGACAAAGAUGGUGACGGACAAAUCUCAUUCGCCGAGUUCUGUACCUUUUUGGAAAUGUCUAUACAAUCUUUCGAAUCGUUGUAUUUUUCUCAAUACGUCUUCGGAGAGACGGAAUCCUCGUACAUCCCUACUGUUUUUGUGUUUGCGGGUGCAAGCCAGAUGGAUCAUCUCCUUGGCGUAGGAGACUGCACACUUGUGCGCAUAAACAUUGAUUUGAUGAAUAUGUGUAAGGGAUGGACAAAAACAGAAUCUGAGGUGAAAAUCUGUUUGCAGCGAUACUGCAUUCGGUCAUGUUCAACAGGACAGCAUACAAUUGAGGAGAGAGAGAACCUGAUCAAGCUGGAACUUGUAAACUAA